GUUCAUCAUUCAGUCCAUAUUCUUCAACACAAUUUGAACCAAUUGUGGAAUUACAGACAUUAUCGGACAACAACAAUAUUGAGAGGACCACUCAGAAUUAUAACUCUGUGCUGUGGUACGGGUAUCCGCCGGAGAUAUCUCAAGCAAAUAACAACCAUCAAUACUUAUACCAACCGCAGGGUGAUGCCUCUGCGAAUUCUUUUUAUGGAGCACAGCCUUAUGGAGGACCUACUGGAAAUGGUGAAGACCAAAAAAUGGCUUGUUUUAGUGAGAGUUAUGUGGGACCAGCGACGCCAACAAUAAGUGCACCACAGGCCGCGACGUUUGAUGUUAUGAAUCCAUGUUACUUUGAUCAGCAACAAGGACAUGGAGAAAGAUUCGAAGCGGGACAACCCGAAACAUUUCAGUAUUCAUCUAUCCUUUAUGAUGCCAGCACAGACCCCCAAGCAAUUUUCAAUGACGGGAACGAAGACGCGCAAGUUCCGGGUGAAGGGAGUUCCCCAAUGAAUGACCCCAAGGAUUAUGAAGCUCUCUUGAGGAACUUCCAUGGGGUAACCGUGGACGACAAUUCAGGCACCAACCAAAUCGAAAAUCUCUCAAACGAUUCCCGCAAUCAAGUGAACACUAAUCAGACAUCCAUUCCCAAUCAGCUUAUGGGCAACCAAUACGAACAGAAUUAUGACUACCGGCAGUACGGCUAUAAUCCAGAGCAUCAGCCGGAGAUAUCUCAAGCAAAUUGCAACUAUCAAUACUCAUACCAACCGCAGGGUGAUGCCCUUGCGAAUUCUUUUUAUGGACCAAAGCCUUAUGGUGGACCUACUGGAAAUGGUGAAGGUGAUAGACAUUUUUUACAUCCAUAUAUUCACCAACUUCCGGUUAUAUUCCACCCUUUCAUCACGCAAGUGCAAGAUGUGGAACAUGACGGAAAUUGUGGAUUUCGAGCGGUAGCUACUUGUCUUGGUUUUCCGAAGAACCAAUGGUUGACAAUUCGAUAUAAUUUAAUGGAAGAACUAAAGUCUCACGAGAUGGAAUAUACCAAGAUGUUUGGAUCUCAAGAAUGGUAUAAUAAGGUCUAUAACUCGUUGAAUUUUUUUAAAUCAGAUAGUGCACCAGUUGAGCACUGGAUGACUAUGCCGGAGAUGGGUUUUCUAAUUGCUUCUAGAUACAAUGUGAUACUACAUGUUUUGAGUAUGACCGGCAGUACGACAUAUUUACCGCUCCGAUCAAGCCCACCACCUUGGCACGAGCAUGUAGCAAUUGCGCUUGGUUACGUUAAUAAUAAUCAUUAUGUUAAGGUAACAUUGACAAGAGGGUACCCAAUACCUACUGUUGCUCCACAAUGGAAUUAUUUUAGAUAUGAUUGUGCAUAUGCAUGGAUUACUCCAUAUGAGCAUAGGAUCAAUAGUUACAAUGAGUAUGUAGACUCUAAUUGUACUCGUGAGCAUGUUAUAUUGGAGUGAAAUGGAAUGAAAUUUUCUUUUUUAUAUUU